AAUGGCUUCAAUUGGUACUAUCUCCACCUACCCCAACAACGCCCGCGCCGCCAAGGCCGUCAUUGCUGGUGCCUACAACGGCGUCAAGGUUGAUCUCAAGGACUUUGACUUCGCCAAGGAUGUCACCCCCGAGUUCCUUGCCAAGUUCCCCAUGGGUAAGGUCCCCGCUUUCGAGAGCUCCGAGGUCAACCUCUUCGAGUCCUCUGCCAUCGGUUACUAUGCCGCCCUUGCCAAGGAGAACUCUGGUCUCGUCGGUAAGACCGCCGUUGAGAAGGCUCUUGUCAUGCAGUGGAUUCUUUUCGCUGAGAACGAGAUCGCUGCUAACGUCGGUGGCUGGGUCUACCCCCUCUUGGGUUACCAGACCUACAUCAAGCCCAACGUUGAUGCUGCCCAGGAGAAGGUUAAGCGCGCCAUGGCCGCUCUUGACAAGAUCUUGUUGACCAAGACCUACUUGGUUGGUGAGGAGAUCACCUACGCCGAUAUUGCCGUCGUCUGCAACCUCUCCCUCCCUUACACCCUCGUCUUCGACAAGGCUUUCCGCAGCGAGUACAAGAACGUAACCCGUUACUUCACCACCGUUGCCGGUAAGGACCACUUCAAGGCUGCUCUCGGUGAGGUCAAGCUCUGCGAGACUCCCCUCAAGUUCGUCCCCGCCAAGAAGGAGAAGAAGGAGACCGCCAAGAAGGAGGAUGCUCCCAAGAAGGAGAAGAAGGAGAAGAAGAAGGAAGAGGUCGCCGAGGACCCCAUGGAUGACACCCCCAAGCCCGCCCCCAAGGUCAAGUCCGCCCUUGAUCUCUUGCCUCCCUCCAAGUUCGUCAUGGACGAGUGGAAACGCAUGUACUCCAACAACAAGACCGAUGUUGCCAUGAAGUGGUUCUGGGAGAACCACGAUUCCGAGGGUUACUCUCUCUGGCGCGCAGACUACAAGUACAACGAUGAGUUGACCCUUGUCUUCAUGUCCUGCAACCUCAUCGGUGGUUUCUUCGCCCGUCUCGAGCGCGCACGCAAGUACGCUUUCGGUUCCAUGAUCGUCUGUGGUGAGAACAACAACAACAACAUUGCUGGUUACUUCCUCAUCCGUGGUCAGACCAUCCCCGAGGAGGUCUACGAUGCCGCUGAUUUCGAGUCCUACAACUUCACCAAGAUCGAGCCUUCCCAGUACGAGGAGAAGAAGGACGAGAUCUACAAGUACAUGGCAUGGGAGGUCGAAGGUUGCCAGGAUGGCAAGAUCUUCAAGUAAACGGAUCUAAAAUCCAUCUUGAAAAUCAACCUUUUUUUUUUUACAAAAAAAAAGAAUCAAAAAAAAAUCUCUACAACAUCAAUCUUCAACAACACCAAUAAAUUUUCAUUUGUAGCUCUUUUGCUUAAUCAAAAACAAAACAUACCAUACCAUACCAUACCAUACCAUACGCACUUAUAAUGGAUCUCAUAUUACAUAUAUAUAUAUAUGUGGUUUUUUGAAUCAAUAUUACCUUUUUUUUUUGUCUUUUGUAAAUAUGUAUGUUCUUAAUCUUGUAGACCAGAUAGUUCCAAUGGUACUUCUUCGUUAAUACAUAUAUAUAUAUUAUGU